UAUCUUUUAUGUCCAGUUUUGGAGUUGGAUUGCUGUGACUUCUCUCUAACAUUUCUCAUUUGCAGCCAGCACCCAACAACCCGUUCUAGUAACUACUCUGUCUAUUGUGGUGCUCAAAGACCAAAGUUCAUUCCUUUUAAUAGCCGUAUAAAUUUUAAUAUUCAACUCAAAUCAUCAACAUUCCUUCAUAAUCUUGAUUUUCAGUUCGUAAUUUAGGGUUUUUAAUACAUUUUACAAUUGCGGAAUUAUUUUUGGAAUUCAAAUAGUAAUUAAUAAUGGCUUCCAAGUCUACUGAAUCAGCAGAGCAGCAACCAACUACGAAGAUUCAAAUAUACCCAACUGCUAAUUCUGGAAUUUCUUCCUUUUGGAAAGAUAAAUAUGAAAGAGAUGCUAAAAAGUACUGGGAUAUUUUUUAUAAGCGUCACCAAGACAAAUUCUUCAAGGAUCGGCAUUACUUGGAUAAAGAAUGGGGUCGUUACUUUACCGUACCUGGAGGAAAAGUUCUUCUUGAGGUUGGAUGUGGGGCUGGAAAUACCAUUUUCCCGUUACGUGCUACAUACCAAGAUGUUUUUGUACACGCUUGUGACUUUUCUCAGCGAGCCAUAAGCUUAGUGAAGUCGCACCGAGAAUACACAGAGACAUGCAUAAAUGCAUUUGUUUGCGAUCUUACAAGUGAUGAUCUGAGCAAACAGAUAGCUCCUUCUUCAGUGGACAUUGUAACUAUGAUUUUUGUCCUGUCUGCAGUGUCGCCUGAGAAAAUGUCACUAGUAUUGCAUAAUAUCAAAAACAUUCUUAAGCCAAAUGGCCUUAUACUUUUCCGCGAUUAUGCCACUGGUGAUCUUGCUCAGUUCAAUGGACUUGUCUUCAAUCGUGGCAGGAGAGAUUUACUUGCAAGGAUCAAAAGAUCAGUGAGAAUUUCUAUGUCAGAGCGAGCUUUCUACUUUUCUGAGGAGUAUCUGAAACAUCUAUAUGAAGAAAAUGGAUUUGCUACUGAAGAGAUUGAGUUGUGUUGCAAACAAGUAGAGAAUCGAUCUCGUGAACUGAUUAUGAAUCGGCGCUGGAUACAAGGUGUGUUCCGUAUCCCAAUAGCGAAGACUGGCUUUGAUCUUAAAAAGGAUCUAAAUAACAAAACCCUUGAUGGUGUAAACAAAAAUGAAGUCAAGGAGAGCGUUGCAGGGCUGCCUCUCGCUGUUGGAGAAGACGAUAUGUCAGUUGGCUUGGCUGCACAAAUGUUUGAUAUUUCAACUUGUGAUCAUGAGGUUAUCGAUGUUAGUUUCGGGGACUUCAAUUUCAAGAUAAAGGCUCUGUCCAAAGAGAAUCAACAUACAUGCAAAUCAACUGGCUUGAUGCUGUGGGAAUCUGCCCGCCUAAUGGCUUCCAUCCUCGCAGAAAAUUCAUCUAUCACCGCAGGAAAAAGGAUUUUGGAACUUGGUAGUGGUUGUUCAGGCGUAUGCUCAAUGGUUGCUGCUCAAUCCGCCAAUCUCGUCGUUUCCACAGAUGGGGAUGCAAGAGCACUCGACUUGUUGGAGCAUAAUGUGUCCGUAAAUCUCUCAUCACGAAAUGCCGACAAAUUAUUGGUUAGAAGUCUGAACUGGGGUAAUCAGGAACAAAUUGACGCCAUAAAAAAAGAGAAUAAUACCGGUUUUGAUGUCAUCAUCGGUACAGAUGUAACCUACGUUUCUGAUGCUAUUUUACCAUUGUUUUCUACCGCUGCAAAGCUUAUUUCGACUGAUUCUGCCAGUGGAGAGUUGCCUGAGCCCGCUCUAAUUCUCUGUCAUGUCUUGCGUAGAGUGGAUGAGCCAUCCAUAAUUUCUGCAGCGUCUCAGUUUGGGUUUACGCUAGUUGAUAGAUGGCCAUUUGGCGAAAGUCCAAGCCCUAGCCGAAGCAUUAUGACUUCCUGGUUCUCCAGGAUUAACUCGAAGGAUAAGAUCCCAAGUACUGCAUUAAGCAUCCUGUAUUUCCAAAGAGCCAAGUCCGAUUCAUGUUCUAGUAUAAUUUAAGUUCAUCAACAAUUUUUGGGAAAUCAUUGAUAAUUUUAAGGAAAAUUUAAUUUUAAAGG